UAGUAAAGCAGCCCAUGGAAGGCCCAAAAGAAAGCGAAACCCGAGAAAGAAUAGAGGAGCGCGAAAACAACAAUUGAAUUUUGAUUCGGAUUCGGAUUCGAAGGAGGUAAACCAAAAAUUGAAAUUGAAAUGCGGUGGAGUUUGGUCCAUGGAUGGGAAGUCUAACCUUCCGAUCAAGCCAGAUCCUUCUUCCCCGGACUUCCUCCGCCACGUUCAAGCCGCCUUGAAACGUCACCGCCCUCUCGGUUCAACGCAAUCCAAUAGCUUCAGGCCAAGGCGCACGCUGGUUCAUCAACCACACGAUUCACCUGAAACCAGCACCGUUGAUACUCCUUCUCAAGAUCCAAAUGCUCAAAACAAAGUUCAAUUUUCCAAUACUGUUCCACAAGAAAUGGAGUGGGUUGAAGGUAACCAACCUGAAGCUUUGAUUGGAUUCAACGAUGAUUCGAAGCAACCUAAAGUUCUGCAGACUGAGCCUGAUUUUAGUUUGAGAUCCGAUGGAGGAAUAAGUUGCUCCAUGUUACCGAGGAGGAAUACGGUUACGCGGGAUAAUUUGCAGCAGUUCAGAAACUUUCUAAGCCAGCCGGCGACACAGUCUUCGGUAGUGGGACCUUCGUGUGCCACAACUACUUCAGUCAAUUCAACUUCAGCUCCUAUGAUGAAUUCAACAACCCAUUUGCAUAUAGAAAGUGGCACACGUGUGGCUGCUGGUCCGUUUGGAGAGAUUCGUGUUAAACCUAUAACUGAAAGUGUUAUGGAAUCAGCAAAUAUAGAUACUUCAGUGAAAAAAGGGAAUAUAAUAUCAGUUGAUAAGGAUGCAGCUCCAGGGCAAGCUUCUGAUUCUUGUGUCGAUGCCGAGUUGGCAUUUAAAGAGAGUGAACAAUCUAAGGAGCAGCAAGCAUCCAUGUUAAAAGAAACCAGUAAUUCAAAAUAUGUUUCUUGGGAUGGCGACAAGUUGACCGAACGGAAAGAGGUUGCAGAUGUUUCAAACAUACAGCCUCAGGCUUCGGUGUCCAAAGCACCUUCUGUGAAUGUGAAGUUUGAAUCUUCUAAUAUAGAAAAGCGAGAGAAGGCUGUGAGUAGUAGAAGUUCGUCGGUCAAUAAGAAAAGGUCCUAUGACCCCGAUUUGUUUUUUAAGGUUAAUGGAAAACUUUAUCAACGUCUUGGCAAGAUAGGUAGUGGUGGAAGCAGUGAGGUGCACAAGGUGAUUUCAUCAGACUGUAAGAUAUAUGCACUUAAGAAGAUCAAACUCAAGGGUCGUGAUUAUGCUACUGCAUAUGGGUUUUGUCAAGAGAUUGAGUAUCUUAAUAGGCUGAAAGGAAAGGAUAAUAUCAUACAGCUUAUAGAUUAUGAGGUAACUGACAAGGCUUUGCUCGAAGAAGUUAUGAAAGGCACUCUCAGUAUUAAGGAUGGCCGAGUCAAGGAUGACGGAUAUAUAUUCAUGGUACUUGAAUACGGGGAAAUUGAUUUAGCUCACAUGUUGUCCCAGAAGUGGAAGGAACUUGAUGGACCCAACCAGACCAUAGAUGAGAACUGGCUUCGAUUUUAUUGGCAGCAAAUUCUUCAAGCUGUCAACACAAUUCAUGAGGAACGUAUUGUCCAUUCUGACUUGAAGCCUGCUAACUUCCUCCUUGUCAAAGGUUCCCUAAAACUGAUUGAUUUUGGUAUCGCCAAAGCAAUAAUGAGUGAUACAACUAAUAUUCAACGGGAUUCGCAGGUGGGUACUUUGAGUUACAUGUCUCCAGAAGCAUUUAUGUGUAAUGAGACAGAUGCAAACGGAAACAUCAUUAAGUGUGGUCGGCCAUCAGAUAUAUGGUCUUUGGGCUGCAUCCUUUAUCAAAUGGUAUAUGGAAGAACCCCUUUUUCAGAAUACAAGACAUUUUGGGCCAAAUUUAAAGUUAUAACAGAUCCAAGUCAUGAAAUUACGUACGAACCACUUUCAAAUCCAUGGCUAGUAGAUCUAAUGAAGAGGUGCCUAGCAUGGGAUCGGAAUCAAAGGUGGAGAAUUCCUCAGUUACUCCAACAUCCUUUUCUUGCACCUCACGUACCACCUCAUCCAUCUUUGUCCCAAGACCAUAGCUGUAAAUUUAUACAACUCAUUGCUGAAACUUGUACAUAUGACUCUGAAGCAUCGCAACUGUGUCAUCAGCUCCAACGUCUACUUGUUGAUCCACUCGAGUUAACAACUCACUCACUAAAUUCACAAGAUCAACAAAGAUCACUGUUAUCCCAAAUGUCUGAACUCUGUAUACAGCUGCGGGAACGUUUGGUAGAUACUGAUAUCAAGUAAUUGGUGGCUGUCUAUUCAAUUUUUUUGGUUUUUGUUUCAGUGUAUUUUUAAAGAUUACCGCACUUUCCAUAGGUCAGAAGUGGCAUUGUGUGUAUUUCCAAUUUUUCAGAGUAGAAUACUAAGGUUAGUGUGUAGCUAGUGAAUCAACAUAGUACAGGUUUUGUAUAAAUUUGAAGUCAGAAAAACCGCGAGUUUUAAUAGUUGUUUAAGUUUAAAAAGCAAAUUACACAUCUUGAUUUUGUGUA